CGCCUGAAGCGACACAAGUGAGGUGGAUUCUGACUCGGCCGACACAACUUGCCAUCAUCCUGCUUGCCCUUCCAUCUUUGUUUCUGCGCUGUAGUCCCGAGUCGUUUGACACCCUUCACCAAAUUGGCCAGACAACAGCAGCACAAGGUAGCAGCAGCAUGGGAUGGUACGAUGGUGGCGAGGAGCUGCUGGAGGAGGAGCGUAGUGUACGUCUCGGUGAGAAUGCGCUAGUCGCUGGCAUUGCGUUCACCCUGUUCUGGGCCAACUUCGGGUUGUCCUGGUAUAUCUCCAGUCGCCGCAUACCCGAGUUCUCCGGUUUUACUCCAGCACAAAAGGCUGACUGGUGUUCCAGGUGAGUCGCCGGACGCGUCGAGACAGCGAAGGAGGGUUCUCACGCGAAAUGAUUUUUUUUUCGUCGUCUACGACAGGGUGAACUCGACCGUCCAUGCUAUCCUAGUCGUUAUCGGCGUUGCCUACGCGCUGGCGGAUAUCAGCUGGGCCCACGGGUUCAUGCCCAUGUCAUCGCUACGGGCAGCGAGCUUCAUUUUCUCGAUUGCGAUCGGAUAUUUCUUGUGUGACCUGAUCAUUAUUAUCAUCUGGCCAGUGCCAAUGCAAAUGGUAUUUAUCAUCCACCACAUCGUCGCUGUGGUCCCAUACUUCAUCAACAACUUCAUUUCAUGCUGCGCCGCAUGCCAAUUUGGUCUGCUACUGUUCCUGUUGGUUGAGCUAGCGACGCUGCCGCUCAAUGCACGCGGUUUCUUGGAAGCCCGAGACCGCCAGGAUAGAAAAAGUUACAUGCGCUCCAUCUACUCGACGUACAUCGUUUGGAGCUUGUCGCGAACUGUGCUGCCGAUCUUCGUCAUGUACGACUUCUGGGUAUACGCUUACCCUUCAGACCGCAAUCACGAUACGUGCUUCUUCCCCAACCUAGUAAGUGCCCACCUCAUCGCCCUGUUCUGCGUUGGUGUCUUCUUCUUCGUACACACUCCCGAGAUGAUCCGGAUCAGACGCGAGCAUCGACGAGCGAACGGAGCCACGGACUCGUCGGGAGAAGUGGCAAUCAGCACUGAUGAUGCCGACCUGAUCGAGGCGGAAGUGGACGACCUGCCCAGCUCCAAAGCCAAGAAGCCGAGCAGUAUGCGCAGCCUCACCCUGUCGCUGUCUAGACCUAAGGAGCCCAUCACAGACGAUUCUUACGACGAUAUAGAGCUCGGCGUCAUGCCCCGAAGUGCUCGUGGGCGAGCUUCCUUGAAGACUUGAUGACUCUCUAGCUGGAUUUUAGCAGUGUACCCUAUGUUUAGAGCGUAUAACCCAAUUUUUAAAAUGUAACCAUCGAGUUUACCAGUGGUAAUUCAAAGUGUAACCAAAUAUUAAGGAC